AUGAAGGCGAGGACACCGGUGAGGGAUGAUUUCGUUUGGGCACCUCCUUCUUUUUUACGAAGGAACAAACGAAAACACUGCGAUCCUGGAACCAAAAAGCGCUCACAACCUCCCCGUGCCAAGGAGAAGCUUCGUGGUGCCAGCACGGUGCAGCUCGAAGAGAUUGAGGAUCAGAAUGAGUAUCUGCAGCUCUGUGCCAAAGCCUUGAGCAACCCGGAGGAUCGGCAGAAGGCCGUGGAGGCUGUGAAGGAGCUGCUACGAGCAGGAGCCAACCCCGAAGCGGAGAUGGAGGAUGAGGAUGACACCGCCAUGGAUUUCUUGGCCAAGGAUGUGGAUGUCAUCACCGAGUGCAUCGUCAGUGGAGUUUGCCAGGAGACCUUGCUCCCGUGCUUGCUCUUGGGGGAGGGGGAGAAGUUCACCAAAGGAGUGGAAGAUUUGAUGCAGGAUGCCGAACUCUUCGAUGAGGAGGCCAACCGAAAGUCCAAAACCCAGUUGGGCUGCAGAUCUUCUGGUCUACUUGGAGAAGAUGGUGGCACCAAGGAAACCACAUGGCUGGAAGCAAGACUGCGCGAAAAGCUUCGCCCCAUUCUGGCUCCGCGUGUUUGCGCUCCGCCUGUGGAGGAGAAGUGCUUUGCCGUGAGCAAGUUCUAUGUUAGCUUGGAAAAGCAGAACUUGCUUCGCGCCCCACCAGUUCAAGCCAAGCUUCAAGUCUUGCCUAUCAGUGGGGAUGUCGCAUGCAACCGACGAGUUCUAGAAGCGGUCGCGCAAACGGCCAAUGAGGAGACCUUGGCGAGCGAUACAGUCGAGUCAAUCGUGGAGGCAGCAUGGCUCCAGCAUCGUGCAUCGACCCUGCUUGAGAUCCUGCUGAGUGUGACCAAUGCACUGCUUUUGUGCGUGGUGUCCUAUGAGUGUCACAACUUCACCGGGUCCAGAUGGGCCUUGUGGGCUGCAGCUGCUUCAACCGCCAAAGAAGCCAUCCAAAUUCUGCCCGUGAUGUGGCGGGAGCUUUCACUGAACCUCUUGCCGGACAUCAUCUACGUGGGUGCGGGUGUUCUGGCGCUCGUUCCACGCAUGGGCGCCCAAGCAUUGGAGGAACUGCCCUGUGGUCCCUCCAUGGCGCUUCUGUGCUCCCUCAGUUGGCUUCGCUUGCUCUUCGCCAUGCGCGGCGAGCGCUGGCUGGGUCCCCGCUUUCUGCCGAUCAUGUUUGCGCUGCGCGACACCUUCGCCUUCUUCCUGGUGGCCCUCUUGUGCUUGACCGCCUCGGCCCACGCGUACUACGUGCUGAAUGCCCGGGGCACGGAUCCCUUUCCCGUGUAUUCCUCGAUCACGCAGACCUUGCGGCUGGGGAUGUUCGGCGAUUUCGACCUCUUUGAGUUCCAAGGUCAGGAUACCACCUUUCACCGCUCGGGCUCCGUGUCGGGCUCGGUGUGGGAACCAGUGGAUCCGACGCCACAGGAGCUGGGCUUGGAGCAAUAUGUCUACAUCCAGGUGGUGUUUUACCUCACGGGUAUUGGAAUCACCAUCCUGCUGAUGAACCUCUUGAUUGGAGUGCUCGGGCAAAACUACGAGCUUUACCAAGACCAAGCACCCCAGCUCUUCACGCGGGCGCGCGCAGCGAUGCUUCUGAAGCAUCAGGACAGGCCCUGGUUCAUCCUGGCCGGCUGGCUACAGCCAUGGCGCAGUUGUGAUGAGAGCAGUCGCCCUGAGUGUUGGAUCCGGGUACUGGUAAGUCCCCUACACCUGGCUCUGGGCGAGUCUGGGAAAUUCCUGGUGGCUCAGAACUUCCAGCUCUUCUUCAAAGCCAAUCUCUUCUACAAGCUUUUGAUCCUCCUUUUCGCACCCAUCUUCCUGAUUGGUGGCUUCUCUUUGUCGCUCUUCGUGCUCUGCGCUUCCCUCUUCUUUCGCCCCGAGGGUUUACAAUACCUCAACCGCGUGGCCUUCCUCGGUUGCUUCGGCAACGAGCGCGAGCUUGAUUUGGGUCUUGGUCCGUCCAUCACCUCCCAGUUACGAGCUCCGAAGCAUGCGCACCGACCUGAAGCUUUGCAUCCAGGAUGGGCGCACCGCUUGGCGGCGGUCGCGGAAGUCAUGGGUCGGGUGCCCUCCCUGGUGGGCUGGAGAGAGAUGGUGCUCUAUGUUGAUCUGGCCACCGAUUCCAAGAAGGACGUGAGGAAAUUGAAAAGGGAUGUGCAGAAUGUCAAGAGUCAUCUACAGAAGAAGAUGGACCAUAAGCUGGACUCUUUGAUGAAGAUGAUGGAGAUCCAAAGACAGAGCUCCAAGGACGAUCUGGCCAGGGCGCGAGGGCCGCUGGCGGUGGCGGUUGGCAGGCGCAAAAACCUCAGCAACGAUGGAGUGUCCUAUCCUGUCGGGAUCUUCCUUGUAAACUAUGCUGCCCAAUAUGCAACAGCAGAGAUGGUCUCUAUCUUGCUGCAGGAGAGGCUGGGCUACAAUGUCGAAAAGAUGAUGGAUGGCGGCUUUACGAACGACGCUUUCUUUGCUCUUGCAGGUUGCGCCCAGCCGACCAAUAGCUCAGACCGGGGAUGUUUCAAAGGGAUGAUCACGCGAGCGCAUGUCAGCGUUGAGGGCUGGACUUCAGGAUAUCAACCGGACUGGGACAAGCUUCAGCACGACUUCCCUGCUGAAGCUCCCAGGAACCUGGGCAACAUGGGUUACACCGGUGGCGCCUCCAUGUUCAUUGCAGCUGCGGUUCAGGAGGAGGCUCAUCGAAGAGAAGGUCUCUCCUUGGAUUUCUAUCGUGACUACAACGUCUCGUGGCACGAUCCCAGUCGAUACUUCACCAGUCCAGAUCAGAUCGACAAGAACCGGUUGCUCCCUUGUACGGAGACCAUCUUGAUGAAUUCCAGGCUGAUGCAACUCUAUCAUGAGUUCACUGGCGAUGAUGAAGGGGUCAUUGUGCGAGGCAGUGGAGAUGUGAUUGGGAAAUGCUUUGAUGGUUACUUCUGGCUCGCUCCUGGGUGCCGUUCAAAUUCUUCCAAGUGCAUUACUUUCAUUACCGGUGGCUCUGGAUGGAGCGGCAAUGAACACAUGCAGAAGGCGGCCUUUUUGAGCAUGCCUUUGGCGUGGACGGUGGGCAAAACGUGGAACGACUUCACCACCCUGCCCAUGGAUUAUACCACCAUGUUCUACUGGUGGACGCCGGAUACCACCUUCCUCAGGCUGGAUGCCAAGUCGCUCAUCUUCCCACCCCACGAUUGGCGCGAGUUCGAACGUGGGAUGUUGCGAUCGACCGCGACGUCCAUCUCGAUUGACAAAUACAUCAGCCAGGAUUUGAAUCGACUAGCCCCGGAGAUUGAAGAACUCAUGAUGGCCUACAUGGUGGACUUGAAAGACGUGAACGACAUCAUGUUGGAUGAGCUUGAGACAGGCGAUUCCUACUUUGACACUGCCUGCCGCUGGCUUCGUGGAAACAGCGACCGGUGGGUCAAAUGGCUGCCAGACAAGACCAAGUGCUUCGCACGAUAUGGCCUUUACCACGAGAAUAAAGACGUCUUCGUGAGCAAUCGCAGCGACCCACGGGGCUUGACCUGCAAGAUUUGUCCCUCCGGGCAUUUCUCCGAGCCCAUAGAGGACCUCAACGGCACGACCUUCGUAUGUCAACCCUGCGCGGCCGGGAAAUACCAGGCCUCCAAGGCUUCGACCGAGUGUGAACCUUGUGGCAAGGGCGAGUAUCAGGACCAGAUUGGCCGCAGCUCUUGCCAAAGGUGUGGCUUCGGAGAAUACCAAGAUGUCCCCGGGCAAAGCAGUUGCAUCGCGUGCCCCUCUCAAACCAGUACCGUGGGGUUCGGCUCGGUGUCCAUGGCGGACUGUGGAUGCCUUGAACGGACCAUCAACGUAGCAAGCUCGAACAGUGCUUUCGAUUGCAGGAGCUGUUCGGUGGGCCUCAAGUGUCCCUUCGGCUCGACCUUGCAGAGCUUGAGGACGGGCCAGGUACCAGAUGGAAGCUCCCUCAGUGCUGAGUACGUGCCGCAGGUGUUGGAAGGCUAUUACGCCGAGCAGGAAGAACCCUUGGUCUUGUACACAUGCAAGCCGGCCACCAACUGUCCUGGUGGCAAACCGGGAGAAUGCGCUGGUGGCCUUUUAGACAAGCCGUGCAGCGUGUGCGCAGAGGGAAAAGCUUGGAAUGGCCAAGAAUGCACCGAAUGCGGAGAUGUGGCCAUCUUUGUAUGGGCCUUCGGGCUGCUUCUGUCCCUGGUGGUUCUCCUCCAGGCCUAUGAUUUUGUGGCAUCCCAUUCCACCGCCGAAGCCACCUCCUUCCAGGCAUGUGCCUUCGCGUUUGGAAUUGCUGCGAAUAUGGUUCAGAGCCUGGCGAUCUUCGGCUUGAUGUCCAUGACUUGGACCUCGAGCGUCAGCAGUACCACCAACUUCUUGCGCGUGGCCUUGUUGGACCUCGAUCAGCUGGGCUUUGGCCACCUGGAUGGGUUAGGCGCGGCGCUGGAGGUUCUUCAAGACUUUCAAUACCAUGGGUCUUGCUGGCCACUUGGUGCUGAGGUGGUCGUCGUGGCGGGUUUCUUCAUCCUUUGCCUCGUGGCGGUGCUCCAGAUGCCCCGGUGGAGUGUGAAACACCACCGCGAGCGGGUCCAAGCCUUCACCUUCCUGACGAACAAGUUUCGCUUCAACGUCUGGUGGUUCGGCAUGGCCUUGCUCGCACGAGGCUUUGCUUUGAGUGUGACCGUGGUCGUGGGCUCCGAUGUGCCUGAACUGCAGGUGGCACUGGCGAGUGUGAUCCUGCUGCUCUACCUUUGUGUCUUGGUGCGCUUCUGGCCCUGGAAGGCUUCAAUCCUGAACUAUGCAGAUGCCGCUGUUUGCAGUUGCCUCCUGCUCCUGAUCAACCUUUCCAGAGAUGCCUCUCUUCCGUCGACCAUCUUCACCGACGACUUCUCCAUGGUGAUGUUGUGCCUGCUUGCAGCCUUUGUGGCCACUACUGGGAUCUUGUGCGUCUCGGCGCUGAUUCUUUCCAAGUGCAAGAAUGGAGGCGCAGGACAAAGCCUGCUGUUGAACUUCAGCCAACCUAAUGUGACCAAGAUUUCCAAAGCAGUGCAGGAUACGGCGAAGGAGCUCUUGCAGAUUGAAGCGGGUCACCUGGAAGAUGCGCUGUCGACGAUGAACACUUAUGACUUGGAAGCUUUGACCAACACCAUCACCUUGGUGUCCAUGGAUUCUUGCUCUUUCCUGACAGUGUCCCUCAUGGUCGUUUCCAUCACCGCAUCGCCGUGCGCGUGGCCAGUCGAAUGA